GCAAAGCUCGGGAGAGAAGGGUGACGGAGGGCGAGGGCCAGGACAUCGAAAUCCUUUCAGGGCAAGCAGCAAAGUCAAGGUCGGCAGAGGCGCAGCGAGGGAAACGCACCGCCUAUAAUGAGCGCGCCGCGGAAUUCCUCUGUCCCGAGGUCGUGGCUUGAAAGAGUGGAUAAUAGAAAUAGUAGAGCAAGCGUACACGCUCCAGCAAAGCCAGAGCUUUUUGCACGUACAUAUAUACACAGCGGCAGACCGCACCGCGCGCCUCGGUUCGCCACAUCUGAAGGCAUUCGCGCAGUUCGUUCCUCGUUCACGUUAGCUACGCGGCUCUUUAAAGAGAGGCAUACGAAAAGGAGCGGAACACAUGCGGCGUUGAAGAAUAAGAGAGCGUGUUAUGCUGGCAUUAAAAAAAAAAGAAAGGAAAAGAAAAGCAAGUAAUGAUGUGUAACUAGAAGGGGAAAGGGAGAGAGAGCAUCAUUCGAAAGGAAAGAGAACAGGAAAGCCUACGCGUCGAUAUAUACGCGUCCAAACGUUGCGGCACUCCAUACAAAGGAAGGUUGCCCCUGGUAACCGCUGUGGGGCCCACCGCGCGUCGUGGCGUCAACGAACCACGUGGUUCGGUCAGUUUCACUUUCCCGUCGCCCUUGGGAGUCGAAAGGGGAAAAAAGGUAGCAGAGCCACAGGGACAGAAGAAGGAUGAGAGAGGGCAGGAAGAGAAGAAGGGAGAGUAGUAUAGGUGUUUGGAGCGUGCGUUCAGCCUGAGCACGCUGCAGUCGCGGCUGCCGUCAGAGGCGUGUGUACCGGUGUGGCGAGCGUCGUUGCGGAUCUUCGUUUCGUGGAGUAAAGCCCGUCUGGCAGCGUUGCGACGGCGUGUGUUAUGUUGUGCUCGAAGGGAGGAGGGCCGUAGCAAUUGGCUUCCCGUACGUGUGUUGAAAGGUAGCCACUGACAACUGUCAAGGUUCUAUAGACCGAAGAAGCAUCGCGGACAGGUAGAGCCAGGUACUGGUGCUUGGACUGCCUACGGUGCAGGAUUUUAUCGCGUGCUAGACGAGCUGUCACAGCGGACGUGUUCGAUGCUUUCAGCCUGCCAGCGUCGCGCGUGCUCUUGACAAAAACGCCCGUCAGAGAUUCAUCGGCCCACCGUCCACCGUGUCGGAGACUGGCAGACUAAGUUUCGCUCGCUCGCAGACUGUCAAGCCGCCGAAGCUCGCAAGACGGGUCUCAUUAAACGCGGUCAUCUGGUUCAAGUGCACGUUUCGUGACGCUAACCGAAAGAAGAAGAAGAGGGGGGCAUCGGUUCGUUCGAUAUCGUCGAGCAAGUCUCGAAGCCUCACGCGCCUUCAGUCCUGGUAUAGUCAGCGGCAGUCGACGUGUGGUGUGCGGAGGAUGCCCGCGUAGGCUGCGCAGUCGUCAUGCCGGCCCUGCGCGGUCGACGGUGCCGAACCGCCGAGAGUGACCGGCACAGCUCUAGUAUGCCAUGAGCGAGGACUUGGAGGCUGCCCUGCCGCCUACAGACGCAGAGGGACAGAACUGCAUCAGCUACGGAAACCCGUUGCCGUCGCGCUACACCAAGAUCUCAGAGCGCAUUCGACGUAGCGCACCAGGGGAGUUCCAGUGUCAGGUGUUUUGCGGCGGCGCCCAGUGCAAGUACGAGGCGGGUGCCGAUUGGCCAGCACAGGACUGCGCCAUUACUGGCCUCUACUCUCAUUGGAUCACGGACGACAUCCUGGCGAUGGCGAGACCAAACACGGAAGCCAUACUGCGCUACAACAUCAUACAACAGUUCAACGACCACGGCAUUCGGUCCGUCUUCAACCUGCAGCUGCCCGGGGAACACGCUCACUGCGGCAACCCGCUCGAGAGCGGAGGCUUCUCCUACGACCCGCAGGACUUCAUGGACAACGGAGUCUUCUUCUACAACUUCGGAUGGCGCGACUACGGCACCCCGAGCAGCCUGGCGCUGCUGGACAUGGUGAAGGUGAUGGCGUUCGCCCUCACCGAGGGCAAGGUGGCCGUCCACUGCCACGCGGGCCUGGGCAGGACGGGCGUCCUGGUGGCCAGCUACCUGGUGUUCGCCCUGCGCUGCCGGCCGAACGACGCCGUGCGCUUCGUGCGACUCAAGCGCCGCGGCUCGGUGCAGACGCAGAGCCAGAUUGACUGCGUCCAGAAGUUCGCGCAGUUCGUGCUGCCGCUGCUCGUCGUCUACCCCAUCGUGUACACAAGCAGAAAACCGACCAAAGUAGACAAAUACAGGCCUACCAAGGCUACAGAUUUCACCCUCAUUCAGUACCUAGCCAAACAGCGAAAAGUCAUGCAUGGUACGGAGGCGAGGCAUCUGAGGUACAUUCCAAAGAUCUUGUACGCCCUCUGCGAGAGGCUACUCAGGCUGAGUCAGUCCAAGGGUACGCUCAGCACGAGCAGCGUGAAGAGUUCAUCGAGUAGCAGCAUCAGCAGCCGCAGCAGCACGACGGCCGGUUCCACGUCCAGCACGGGCAGCACGGCGCGGUGUCCCAGCUUCGAGCUGACGGAGCUGGACCCCUUCUGGAACUACUUCCUCUCCUCGACCGUCAGCCACGACCGGUGGCGGCCCACGGCCCUGAGCGAGCGCGGCGACUCCGCGGCAACAAGCGGCUCCUCCGUGGCGACGGGCGCCGAGGACAUCCUCACCCCGUCUCCCGACGAUGACGACGACGACGACGAAGAACCGUCGGACACGGACGCUGUCCUGGACUCCCUCCUGAUCGCCGGCCUCGCCGGUCUCUUCGCGUCGACGCCCAAUAGCCCGGAGUUCAGCAGCUACGAGGACGAGGAGUUCGAGGCCAGCGAAGCGGGCUGCAGCAGUCAGGACGACGAGACCCUGACCGAGAACGCCUGCUUCAAGGAGCUGUCGUCGCAGAAGGAGCUACGGGCACGACGAGAAGAUGAAGCCGGGUGCUCGUCGGUGGCCCUGUCCCCGUCGGACGUAGCCUCGGCGCUGCUUCUGGAGCACAAGCUCCUGGGAGCCGCGUACUUGGCUCGGCUGCGGAAGUACCAGCGCGAGCUGAACACCAGGGGCGCUGCGUGGGACAAGCUGAGCGUCGAAGAGGACCCCGUGAUCCUGGCGGGCCUUCUCUGGUUCUGGCUGGACGAACUGAAGGAGCCCGUGCUGAGCAAGCAUGAUUUGACGUCUGUCGUCGUGCGGCCGACGAACCCUGUCGCCGUUCUUCAGAAGCUGAACAAGGCAACCCGCUUCACGACCGAGUACCUCGUGAGAUUCGUCGCGCGGCUACACCUGCCCACACUGGCGGAGAGGCGCAACGUGAUACGACGGCUGACCAGCGCGCUGUGCCACCAGACGCUGUCCAUCGACGGCAUCCAGCGUCCGGCCGUGGCCGGCUGGGCCAAGAUGCGCACCGGCACCGCGGCGCGGGCCACCGAAUUCAUGGAGGUGCUUCACGACGCCGUGAUCGGGGACCCGCCCUCCGUCAGCCACGCCACGCCCACGCAGAAGCAGAACGGGACUCUCACCAACGGUGCUUCCACUUCCGCGGAUAAAAACUUUCGCGGAAUCAACAUCAUGGCGUCGGCGAUCGCCAGGUAGCGGCGGAUGCAGCUGCACACUUCCAAUGCACGGUCAGCUGAAACGGACCAAGCUUUCUUGUCCGUGGAACACCUUCGCGCGCCUCUGGUUCAAAGGUCGAAGCCUCCAGGAGCUGCCGCUCGAGGAGGGUGUAUUAAACGCAAGUGCGCGAAGCUGCGACUGAACUCGCGUGCCGUUUAUUGAUGAUGAUGACUUCGAGCGAGCGGAUCCUUGUUGUGCGGAGGUUCACGGGGAGCUUCGCUGGCUGUGAGACCUUGUACGUGAACUUCCGGGUAUCACUGAGCACGUGACGAUGUUCCAAGUUCUUGGUCUGCCACAUCCACGACUACAUGCGUUUGUGUCGUUCUCGUACAUUAUCGUUCGCAUUCCCACUGUCCCGAAAAGCCAACGUUUUCUAUUUAAUAUAGUUGUUAAGCUUAUCCGUACUCAGGCUUCCGAAACCACGUGCUGCAGGAGACCUAGCAAAGUGAUACACAACUUAAGGCACAUUACAGAAGGCGUUCUGGACGUUUUUCUUAAGCUUGAUUCGUCCCACGAGUUGUACUGAUGGCAGCAAAA